GUAGGCAUUACCGACAAAUAUCUAUAUUUUGUGAGAGAUUCAUCCGGCUGCAAAUUUUCCUAUUUUCCAGCCUAGCCAACGAUUAACGGCUAAUGGUUUCCCAACGAGAUUUAAAACCGCGCUGAAGCAAUCGGGCGAAGUUUGGAAAUGUACUUAAUUCAGAGGCAGGGGCCGUGUCAUGCCCGCAUGUCUCAGGUCCCCGAAAUCGACCACUUGUAACAACUGUGUAUCAACUGACAUAAAAACCCUGUGCGCCUGACUUGCAAACGCGCAUCUAUGGAAUAUCGAUUACGCGAACCGUGCAUGACAUAAACAGUCGCCGUUUGAUCUAAAAACACAUGUAACAGUGGCGGAAAUCAAAUUAUUAAUCAGCAGUUGCUGCUGGUGCUUCAGAGAAUCGGGAACAUGUACACAAGAAGCUUCGGGUACGGUAGCCAAAGCUAUGGCCAUUACAACCCUCAGUACCACAUUCCACAGCAAAACUCACCGCACCAUCCAUCGUAUCAACCGUACAUUUAUAACGCUCCCCGUUACGGAUUUAACGCGUUCACUCGCGCCAACCCAGCUCCGUUCAACCACAUUUCACCAUCACCUUCGGCGAUUCAUUACCCAGGAGAAUCGCGCAUGCCAGACCUUGCAGGUCCAAGACAAAGCUACGAAGCGCACUGCCAUUACUACUCGCCUCCUUCCCUUCAUCCGCAGCCUGUUACUCAGCCGCCAGAGCCAGCGAAUCAGAGAGAGAAGGAAGCAGACAACGGCUUAAACGAAGGAAGCGCCAGCGAGAAAUUAGCGGAGAAUUGCUACCCAGUUGAUGAAGUUGAUGACGAUGAAGACGAAGAAGAGGAAAAAUCCGAGAAACCCAAGGGCAAGAAACGAAAAGAAAGGACAGCUUUUACAACACAUCAACUACGUGAACUGGAAAACGAAUUUGUGCGAAAUAACUAUCUCACUAGACUGCGAAGGUACGAGAUAGCUGUAAGUCUGGACUUAUCAGAAAGACAAGUGAAGGUUUGGUUUCAGAAUAGGAGAAUGAAAUGGAAAAGGGUCAAAGGAGAGAAGAAACCGGAGAAGAAAUCACCGUUUCAGAUAAUGCAGCUUGAAAAGGAAAGAUUGCAGCAAGAAUCCUGUACGUAGCGUAUAAGCUAAGCUCCAAAUUACAAUCUGUUUUAUCAGCGUGUUGGUGACAUAGCUGGUAAUUAGACGAAAAGUCCAAGGCUAACAGCUACAGCACUAAUAUUCAGUCUGCUUUUUUGUUUUGUUUUUUCCUGGCAAAUCUCAACUUUUUUAGUACCCUGGUGCAGAGUUUCUCUGCUUCUUUUUUUCCUAUAACGAGAGAAAAACGAAGAAAAAGCCCUCUAGGUCCUAGCAAAAGAUCGCAUUAUUUACUUUUCGAGACUGAAGAUCAGUACGGUCUAAAACAGUUAGUUCGUUUUUUCUUUUUUAAUAUCAAACGCAUUUUUGACAACUCCAAAUUAAAUAAAUUAUACAUUUCUUGACGUAGAAUGUUUACAGUUUAGAGAUGUCUUGUCAAUUUCACUGCAUGUAAGACCUGAGGGCUUACAUACAUGCAGCGCAUUUGUCUCAACAAGGAUGUGUAGAUCUGCUGUGAUAUUUCCUUGGCACUCUAAGAACCGUCAGCAGUAACAAGCCAUGUGUAUGAUAAAUUCUCAGAAACAAAUGUAAACAACGCAGUGUUUAUACUAUAGGUUGUUAGGGGCAAUGUAUCUAUAUCCCGGUCCGUUCAUCGUGCCAUAACAAGUCGUAAAAUGACCUUGUCUGGGUCAGACUACAGUUCAGUGUUUGAAUAACUCCACACCACCGUGAGGUUACAGUGUUUCAAAUUAAGCAAGCGUAUUUUCCAGUGUGAAGACUGAAGUAUAACGACCAGCCUAAGCAAGUUAUAACGAUCUUUAUUUUAUUAGUAAUACAGACAAUUCAUGCAAUUUCCACUUUUAUUUGGCAAAAAAUAACUUUCAUGUUGAUGGCGUCAUAACCAACAUCAAAAUUACCAGAGCCAGUAAAGACAGUGUUUGAAGAAAAUUAGCUAAAAUCAAUAUCAGGAACUAGACUCGAGCAAUCAAGUACUCCUAUUAAAGAGUGAUAGCUUUCUUUAAAAUGUUAAUUAAUCUGUUAGCUUAUUAUGUUAUAUGACUCCUUUCAUAGUAAAGACAUAGAUAAUAUUGUCAACCAAUGCCACUGAGCUACGCAGUGCUCACAUAACUGAGAUGACAACGUCCGACCUUUCCUAAAAUAGUAAGUUAAUAGCCUUAAUUUCAAAGGCCAGGUCACACUAUAUUGGGCAGUUUUUCAAAUAUUCAAAACAACUGCAUACCAAGCAAGGUUUUUCUAAGUAAACAUGAUUUCUGUCCCAGUUGUUUGGUAAGGCAUGAGCAUGUCCUGUGACUUAAUUUCUGUUUGUAUUCGAUUCGGCUAUUCAACAAUUUAAAGCCAUUAUUUAAAGGUGUGAGUCAAGUUUAUUUGACACCGA